CAUUAGUCCCAAUCCCAAUUUCUAGGGCUUAAGCCUUUGCAGAUUCUUCUCAUAGCUCUCGUCUUCUCAUCAACCUACAAGCACCCAGCACAGCGAAUCAGAGUAAAAGUAUAGAUGACGCCGCCUCUAGGUCCAUACUCCGGCACCAGCACUCUGGCUCUGGUGGCUCGUGCAUCUGCUUUUUCAUUUGGUCUCGUCUAUGGCAGCAUGAAACUCAAGUACCUCAAGGCGAAAGCAAAGUCUCAGAAGAAAGCUGAAGCAAAGGCGCAUCAUUGAGAAUGUGGUUUCAAUUUGAAGCUGUGGGAUCUGGAUGAAUUCUUUGGAUUUGAGUUAGAUAUAGAAAUAAUGCAUCACAGCUUGGAAUUCUACCAUGUUCCCAUUUUGGCCUGAUCAGUAUUAUAGACCUGAACCUUUCAUCUUUGCAAUUUUUUGUACUUGCUUAGUCAUUCGAGAAUUAUUCAAUUAGUUGCGGAUGGCCCAUGCCAUUGAUGUUUUAGUUUCAAAGCUCGGGUGAAAAAUGGGGAUACUCCUUCCCUUAUCCAAAUAAUACUCUUUCAAUUACUUUUUGGCUUGAAAAAUCUGUCAUGCUUCUUGUCAUUCAUUUCCGCAUCGAUUGACCUUGCAGUAAUGGAAUGGGAUACUGUGACAUCAUUCCAUUUGAAAAAAAAAGUGUUUCUAUAGUUUAGUCCAUGAAUUCUUCAUCAGGCCUCAGCCUGAGCUUGUUGAUGGCGUUGGCAUGAAGGAUUGUUGGUGUGGUGGUUUUCAGCUCAGAAGUAUCUGUCAUUUUCUUUUGAAGGACUGAAAUUUUUGUGCUAAAUGUGGGCAUCCUGCAUCUAGCUAUAUUUGUGAAUGGAGACUUGAAUAAGGAGCGGUAGCA